AUGAACGCGGUGCUGGCGAAGCUGGAGCUGUUGAAGAAAGAACGCAGAGAUGUUAAGAAUAAGAGUGCAAGUGGACAAAAUAGACUAGUUGCAGAGUAUCAAUUUUCUCAACAGAACGCGAUGCAAGCUGGAAUUUUUGAGAAUCUGAUCACUGCCCAAGGAUCAAGUGUUCUGCCUCAUAGCGUUGAUGAUAUCCUAGGAGACUCAUUGGGCAUGACGUUUUUCAUUCACUUUCUGGAAUCGUGUGAUAGACUGAAUCUAGUCAAAUUUUGGACACAUGUUAAUGGGUUUAAGACAUCUCUUGGAGAAGAUCGAACUGAAUCGUUGCAAAAAGCGGAGCUUUCCCUUGCUUUGCUUGAUGCUCGUAAUAUUUACGACAAGUACAUUGACGGAGAAUCUGCUUCCAGUAUUUCUUUUCCAUGGAGUAUUUCAGAGCGAGUAUUAAGUAGGUUAUCUGAAGAACAUUUAGCGCCAAACAUAUUUGAUGAAGCUGCUCGCUUUGUUCGUGAUUUAUUCGAAUUACGGUACUACAAGGAAUUUAGGAACAGCAUUUACUUCAAAAAAUAUCAGCUGCGAAAACUUUCGCAAGGAUGUAGUGUGGAAGAUGUUCUGCACGUGCCUGCUCUGCUGUUAGCUUUCUUGGAGUUUAUUGACGAUCACCAUGACCACGAUAAUAUUCAAUUCCUGUUGGCUUGCAACGCAUUCGAGUUAAAUUAUGAUUCUCUUGCUGAUAAUGAUGUGCUUGAGGACGCCAUCUGUAUUUACGACAAGUAUUUCUCCAUGCAAGCACUAACACCUCUUCGUGUCGAUGUUAGCGUUCGUCAAGCUAUGGAAUCAGAAAUCUGUUCAGAUAGUGGGCGACCUUUACGUUCAUCAUUUCUUUCCGUCAAAGAGCUCUGUAUGGAUAGUUUGAGAGAGAAGUACUUAGGAAGAUUUGUUCAAUCGCCUGGCUACCAAAACUAUUUGAUAGAGUUGGAGGGUGAGGUUCAAAAUAUGAUAGAGCUUCCUCUAGCGAAUCGUGAUGGAGUACGUGCAGGUUCUUCAUCGUCUGACUCUUUGCCUGUAACGUUGUGUGCAAAUUUUGAAGCAGCUGAUUGCAAGCGAGCUUCUGUGAAAUCGGCCAUGUAUUCGCCGUUGCUUACAAGGCAGAACAGAAGUCUCAACUUAGCAGAAAUUGAUUGUAUGGGCCAGUAUCACGUUCUCUAUGACGACUCAUUGGCUCAGGACUCAAAUACGCCUUCGAGAAUUCGUCGAAAGCUGAGAAAAUAUUUGGACAAAUCUACACUCAAGGAAGAAGAAGUUGCUGUCGAAGUUGCCAGGACAAUUAUUGCUGAUGAGUUCAACUCAUUUUUGCACGCACUUUUUGCAUUUAUUCUCGCUUACAUCCAGUGUAUAUCGAAGUUGGACGAUUUCCCAAUAUACACCUUCAAGUCGCAACAAAUUUCGAACAAAUUUGAUGGCAUCAAAGAGAUUUAA